UUUACUUGAGAGUUUGGUUUUACGAGGAGUUCCUGAAGGCCACACUGAUUGGAACAGGUGCCCUCCGAGAUUCCGCAAGCACCUCGCGGGAGCGCGCACAGCGUAGAGCGAAAACUACCAGACAGUUCAAUGAGUUCUACGGUCUUCAGCUUGAAAUGAAUGAAAUUGCAGAAGGACACAGCAGGAGUGCCAACCAAGAGAGAUCUCUACCUGCUUCCAGCUCCCCUCUGUCCUCUCCCAGCUCCACCCAAACAUGGCUGCCAGCCGAAUCACCUCUGCGGCCUUACUGUAUGAAUGAUCCUCAAAUGGAGCAGGACCAAGAUUCUCGGCACCAUUACGUCGAGAUGCAGUCGAAUUCUUCGUCUUGUUUCUAUGAGGAACUCUUCUGCACCAGCCAGACCUCUAACGCCCUGGUCCCUCUGGCCGGCGCCUUCAUGACCUCCUCCGGGCCGCAGAGCGAUGUGGUGAAACAAGGUUACCUGGGGAAGCUGGAGCGCAACCACCGAAGAUAUUUUGUCCUGAGAGCAGGAAGUCACAUUGGGCCGAGCCGACUCGAGUGGCACAAGAGCCAGGAGACGUUCACAGCAGUGGAGAAGUCUGCUGGUAAAGCUGCGCUGUUUGGCUCGAGAAAGCAAGGGGUGAUUUACCUGAGGUGCUGUCUUGGUGUGAGCCGGAGUGGCAGUUCCAGGAAAGGCCACGCGGUGGCGCUGUAUGCCAAGGAUCAAACCAUGGUACUCGUGGUGGAGGACCUGUUGCAACAAGAAGAGUGGUAUCUGGCCAUUAAGAAACUGAUGGAGGAAGAGCGGAAGGAUGACGAGCAAGGAGAAGGAUUUGAUGAAGACGAUGAUGGGUAUUGCACUCUGCCCCCUGCUGCUUUCUUCAAAGAGGUUUGGCCCGUCACGGUGAAGCCCAGAGGUCUGGGCUGUUCCAAGUCCCUGGUGGGGGAGAGCCGUCUCUGCCUCACAGCUACGUCUCUCAUCUUGGUCAGAGUGGCUGCAUGCAGUGAUUUGCCAUCGGUUACAAUACCGUUGCUGAGUGUUCGGCGCUUUGGCCACUUGGAUGGUUCCUUCUUCUUGGAGCUCGGCAGGACGGCACCAAACGGUCCUGGAGAGAUCUGGAUGGAAGCAAGAGACCAAGGAAACCCAGCAGUAGCCCAGCACAUUCAUGAGAUGGUUCGUGAGACAGUAAGGGCACUACGAGCUCUUCCUGACUUCAGCCGCUCACCGACCUCCAACCACAGUCAGCUUCAAAACCUUCUGGCCUCAAAACGCUGCCGACCCAAAUGCAGAGAUAAGCUGGUGAAUGCAAGACCGCUUGGUCCUCGUGUGGCCCUGCCCCCCAGAAACCCUGAAAUCCAGACAAGUCCAACUAAAUGUUACCUCGAGCCCCACAAACCAGAGCCUGAAUCCACGCCGAGCUCCGCCUCACACCCUGGGCCUCAUCACAGCUCCAUGUCUGAGACUGGCAGCUACAUGGAAAUGAAGAUGGACCAACAUCUCCCAGUGAACAAAGGGAGGGAACACGACUGCAGAAGUACUGCCAUAGCGCCAGGGGAUCCCUGCGGUGCUGCAGCCUGCGGGAUGGAGGGCUGGGAGUCGGGUGAGGAGCAGGGGCUGGGGUACAUGAUGAUGUCGCCACAGGGAAGCCACAGUUCGUCUGUGCUGCUUCAGGACGACUAUGUGACCAUGGCGAGCCCACAUAAACACAACUGGCCAGCUUACUCUUCAUCCUCCUCUACCCUUCACACAUCAUUCAACAGCUCCACCUCUGAGAGCUGCUCUCCUCUGCACCCGUCGCAUCAUCAGACCAAUGAGCACAGUCAGCCGCACUGGCUGGUGACCUCGGUCCAACAGUCAGAAACAGAAGCUGGCCAAUCACAGAUGAGCUGCUCCACUCGUGCACAGGAUGAUGCAAGGGGGGCGCAGACGACAGGCAAGCAGAGCCGCCUCCCAGCACAGACCGGUGCCACUUCCUCUCCUGUGAGGAGUGUUGAUUGGUCUGGCAUGAUGACUCCAUUUGUUGCAAGUGGACCAGGCUAUACCAGGACAGUCCAGGCUAAUCCAAACUCGAGCCGACUCAAAGCUGCAUCAGUCCAAUCUGUUAGAAGACACCGGCUGUCUUUGUGUCUGCCGUCUUGCCUGCAAGUUGAGGACAGCAACUGAGUCUUUGCAAGCUAUUCAUUGCUUUGUUUAGAUCAUAGUCUGAACAGGAGCUCCUUCUUUAUUCUGGUGCAGCAGGUGAUGUAGCUACAAGCCACAAAAAGUCAAACUUCAAGCUGAUGAAAGAAUAAUUUAUUAAGAUAUUUCACUGUGUGGACAUGCAUAGAUAAACAGGGGCUUUAAAGUCUUGCAUUGAAUACUGUAUAUUUUUGAGAAAAAUAAAGUUGUCUUUGUCUGUAAAUGCACUUAGUGUUUGGUUUCAGUUGGCCCCUUUUUUUUGGAUUAAUUCACGCCUUGGGUUUUGGUCUAAAGCACGCAGCACUUGAAGAUGCUCCACUGUGAUUAUAUGAAGUAAUUAAAAUAAUAAAGUCACAUGAAUGCA